GCAACCAUGGAAUCACCAUUGAUGCCAAGCUCUGAGAAGAAGAGUGAUGGAGAUGGUGUUGAUGGAGGUCAGGUGGUGGCUGAGGUGAAGAAACAGUUGUUUUUGGCUGGACCUCUCAUAGCUUCAAGUCUUUUGCAAAACAUCCUUCGAGUGAUUUCCAUCAUGUUUGUUGGUCAUCUUGGAGAGCUUCCUCUAUCUGGUGCCUCUAUGGCCACUUCCUUUGCUGUUGUCUCUGCCUUUGCCCUCUUGAUGGGAAUGGGAAGUGCAUUGGAUACAUUGUGUGGCCAGUCAUUUGGUGCAAAGCAAUACUCCAUGAUGGGUGUACACAUGCAAAGAGCCAUGCUUGUGCUAACUCUUGUUAGCGUUCCCCUUGCUGUCAUCUGGACUUACACAGGCGAAAUCCUUGCAUUUUUGGGGCAAGACCCAGAGGUAUCUGCACAAGCCGGAAUUUAUGCACGGUGGCUGAUUCCUGUUCUCUUUGCUUAUGGCCUUCUUCAAUGCCUUACUAGGUUCCUACAAACACAGAACAAUGUUGUUCCCAUGAUGAUAAGUUCUGGAAUCACAACACUUCUUCACCUUUUAAUCUGUUGGCUUUUGGUAUUCAAAUCUGGGCUUGGCCACAAAGGUGCUGCUCUUGCAAUGUCUAUUUCUUAUUGGCUCAAUGUGAUUCUCUUGGCUCUCUAUAUCAAGUUUUCGCCUGCUUGCAAGAAGACGUGGACUGGUUUUUCAUUGGAAGCUUUGCAUGAUAUACUCAACUUUAUCAAACUUGCUAUUCCAUCUGCUUGCAUGGUUUGCUUAGAAUUGUGGUCAUUUGAAAUGAUUGUGCUUCUUUCCGGUCUUCUUCCAAAUCCAACACUCGAAACUUCCGUAUUGUCAAUCAGCCUUAACACUGCUUCCUUGGUGUUCAUGAUCCCAUUUGGUCUUGGUACUGCUGUAAGUAUUUGCGUCUCGAAUGAACUCGGAGCCGGCCGCCCAAAUGCUGCUCGCUUAGCGGCAUGUGUUGUAGUAGUGUUGGCUGUGACUGAAGGCCUAAUUGUAGGAGCGGCGAUGACUUUAGCUCGCAGUUUAUGGGGCCAUGCAUAUAGUGAUGAAGAAGAAGUAGUGAAAUAUGUUGCAAUUAUGAUGCCAAUACUAGCAAUAUCUAACUUCAUGGAUGGCAUCCAAUGUGUUCUUUCAGGAACCGCUAGAGGAUGUGGAUGGCAAAAAAUCGGUGCUUUUGUGAACCUCGGAGCUUACUACAUUGCUGGCAUUCCUUCUGCUAUCUUGUUAGCUUUUGUCUUCAAAAUUGGUGGAAAGGGACUCUGGAUAGGUAUCUUGUGUGGUUUGUUUGUGCAAGUAGUAUUACUCUUAACCAUAACUUUAUGCACUGAUUGGGAGAAAGAGGCAAAUAAAGCAAGAGAAAGAGUUCAUAGUUCUACUGUUCCCUUAAAUCAUGUAUCUUAGGAUGCUUUUGGUUGGAGACAUUCUGAUAUGUAAGUCUGAAUCCCGUAUUUUUUUCGGGAGUUGUAUCUCAAAAUCUAGACUUGCAUUGAGAUACAAAAUAUCGACAAAUGCCGAGCUCAAUUUACAGUGAUUUACUUUCAGUAAUACACAUUUUUAUCAGUCUUUGCAGUAUCUCAACAAAACACAUCUUUGUUGAUAUUUAUAGUACUCUUCCAAGUGUAUUUAUGGUCCAAAUAAAUUGUUAAAUUUGGAUUAAGCAAAAUGACAACUACUAUCUUGUCA